AUGAUGGAGCGUGGUUUUUCCUUGGACCCGGUCAGGGGUACAGACUAUGACGUGAAUGCUGCAACGUACAGCAAGUUCUUUGGAGCUGAAGGCGCAAGGGCAGCCCUGGUGCUGCGAGCAAAGCAUGAGCCAAUCUUUCCACUCAUCACGAUGUCAAGCGAGCCAACUUGCAGCCUUGUUCACAACCUCCAAUUCGCAGGGGACAAGAUCAAGCUUCAGUUCACUUGCCAGAAUGAGACUGCCAUGGGCAAUGGAUGCAUCACGUUGUCGCAGCUUCACAAGCAAAUCGUGUCGAAGGCUGAAGGGUUGCUUGAACACUUCAUGCAACCAGAUGCUGUUCACGAUCUGAUUCAGCAGCAUGUUGAACCAUUGAUUGAUGCUGCCCCCAACGUGGUGGCUUGUCCCCAAGUGGCAGACAGCGUGCUCAACCGGGAGCUCACCCUCAUCGCGUCCGAUGUGCAGACACGGCUCGAUGAACGGCUCCCCCACUGCAACAGUUCCGUUUUGUCUUUCUGGCAGUUGGAGCCACAACAGAUCCACCGCAGCAUCCCGCUUCCCAUCUGGGGACAGAACUUCACUGCGGAGAUCAGUCUGCAGCUCCCGCCUGGCACUUUCUGGAGCCUUUUUACUCCCCUCAACUCGCCCGGCCUCGAAGAGAUCCUGAUGAGCGUUCAGACCUCUACUUGCCACGGUCUGCCUGUGGAAGGCUUCUCCUCAGAAGCUUUGGAAGUGGUGGAUGUCUUGGAAGAAAUGGCCGCAGAUGCCUCGAAGAGCGGUCUUCAAGCCCGUGUCAUGUCCUUUGGGAAGAUUGUGUUAACAAUCAGAGAUGGAGUGGAGAAAGUCAUGGGCCUUUCAACUGCCUUGUUUCCACUUGGCAUUGCAGUCCUGGCUUACAUGGUCGGAAACGGCCGGUUGGCAGCCAUUGCGGUGGUGAAUGUCAUUGCUGCGCUGACAGGCUCUGUGCUCAUCAUGCACUUCUUCGUCUCGAAGAUCAUGACAGUGAGUCUGUUCACACCGGCCUUUGCCAUUUGCGUGGUUCUUGCCAUGAGUAUUGACUACUCCCUGUUCUUGUUGACCAGAUUCCAGACAGAGGUCUGCAGAGAAGCCAGAGAUGCCAAGGAUGCCGUUUGGGUGAUGAUGGCAACCUCUGGCACUGUUGUUGCACAAGCUGGCUUGACCUUAGCCUGCUGCUUCUGCUGUGUGUUUAUCAUCCCAGUACCACUUAUCAGUGCAAUGGGAGCAGGUGGACUUGCUUCAGUUUUCACAGCCACAAUGGCCACCCUAACUUUGACACCUGUCUUGAUUCUCUGUGCGCCUACUUUCUGGACGAAGUCCUGUGGGUCAUGCAGAUGUUGGCCCAGGCAGGAGCUACAAGCUACCGCACCAUCAAGGUUGCCGUUCUGGGAGCGGUUCGCAAAAAUCUUGGCACAGGAACGGACGGCAAAGUCCAUGCUGUUACUCCUCGUCGUGUUGGCUGUUGCUUGUGUGUGGGUCGAUCUUGCAGCACCUGAGGAUACAGUCGGUUUCCUGCCCGCCUUGCCUGAAGGAUCCGAAACCGCAAAGGUUUUGCAAGACGUGGGCAGAGCCCUAGGAUUUGGAUCCGUCUUCCCCACCGAGAUAGUCAUCAUCUCACCGCCCGGGGUUGAUUUUCCGCAUUGGCGCCGCGAGGCGUGCCAGGCUUUGAAGAGCAUCGCAGUUGAGGUGGCAAGCGCUCCAGGCAAAUUUCAGGACUUCACGGACUCUGCCUUUGUGGGACCAGUCAUGAUUGGCGGGACGUGCUUGGUGGAUAUUGACGUGAAUGCUACUGGCAUGCAGUGGGUCAAUCAUUCAGGGCAGAAAGCUGCCGUGAUUCAUGUAGACUACGGUGUGAAUCCAUUGUCUGCGCUGGGCCGUGAGUGGACCGUCUCCUUGGAGAGGGCUGUGGAGAGGCACCAAGUGGGAACUUGGUUUGUGCGAGGAUAUGGUCCCAUCAUGUCAAACCAAGCACACUGGGCUAGCCGACGUUUUCCAUACCUUCUGUGUUCCAUGGUGGCGGCGAUUCUGAUCAUACCCAGCAUCUUCACACGCUCUGUUAUCUCAAGCUUGAGGGCUCUGUUCUGUUUGACUUGGAUGCUGAUCAUUGUCUGGGCAGUCACCCUGCUGAUUUUCCCGUCGGGCAUUUAUUACAUCGUGCUGCCCAUGAUGUUGCCUUUCGUUGUGGGCAUCUCUUUGGAUUAUGAUAUCUUCUACACUGAAGCAGUUUUGGAGCGAUGCAAAGAACAGAAGAGUACCAAAGAGGCAGGCCUUCAUGCCCUCGUUCACACAGCAAACAUCAUUUCGGCAGCUGGUAUCAUCAUGAUCAUUGCCUUCUUGCCUUUGCUUGUGUCCUCCACACUGAUGAUGCGGCAGAUUGGGCUGGUAGCAAUCCUGUCCUUGCUGAUGAACGCCACCGUGAGCACCAAGCUCUUGAUACCACUUUGUGUACAGGUGCUGGGCCAUGCGACCUUCUGGCCGCGCCAGGCAACACCAGCAAAGAUGUCUCCAGAUGGACCUGAUGGACGUGUUGAUGUCAAUGUAGUACCAGUUCAAGGCAACGAGACUAAGAAGCCCAUGGAAUCCAUGGACCUAGAUCCUCGAGUUUGA